UAACAAUACACAAACCACCAGUAUCGCUCUGAUUACGUCUCUGAUCUGUUCUCUACCCACCAAAUCUCCCAUACUUUGGUGAAGUAUUAUCUCCGAACAUACAUUAUUUUAAGCUCCCCGAGCUGAGUAGUACUCAACAUAUCUCCUCCGCCAGUAUUACACCAGCUCCAUCUUGAAAGAGGCCAAAAUGAAACUACUUCCUCCUGAUCAUCAUGGAAACCCAUCAUCAUCAUCAUCCUCAUCAAUGAGGUGCUAUCAACAGCAGCAACAACCACCGCAGAGUUCUGCGUGGAUGUUGAACUCCUCAUCAUCAGCAUCAUUUACUCAAAACAUACAUAGUAAUAAUAAUAAUAAUGCCAAUAGCAAAGUAGAGGAGAGUGAUGAGGAAGAAGAUGACGAUGAGGACGAUGAUGAUCUAUUCACAGUACCUGAUAUGGAAGCAGAAGCAACAGCUAGACCAAGUAGUACUGAUGCAUCUCCACUAACAAAAGCUACUACUACUGCUGUUGGUGAGGAAUCACAACAAAACAACAAUGCGGCAGCAUCUGGUAAGCAGCGUAAGAGAGGCCGGAAUCCUGCUGAUAGAGAAUACAGAAGGUUGAAGAGGUUGCUUAGGAACAGGGUUUCCGCCCAGCAAGCCCGUGAAAGGAAGAAGCUUUAUGUCACCGAGCUGGAAUCUAAAGCAACAGAUUUGCAGGACAAGAAUUCAAAGUUGGAGGAGAAGAUUUCGACUUUGACCAACGAAAAUACCAUGCUACGGAAGGUCCUUAUGAACACUAGGCCUAAAGUGGACGAAACAGCUGACAUCAAACAUGAUCAUUCAGGCAAAACGUGACUCGUAAAGAUUGUACCAAGGUUGCAUCUUUUAUACCUUAUAUAGCCUGUAGUUUAGACUUUAAUGCUGUGAGGUUCAUUAUCCUAUAUUCAUAGAUUUUCUACCCUUGUGCAAAUUAUGUGCAGAGGGUUUCCUUCUGUUUGGUACCGCUGGCUGGUUCUAAUUAGUUGCUUACGUAAUACUGCUCCUAUUAGUAGAUAAUUGUGUAUAGUUAGAGGAAACCGCGUUAUCCUAUAUGCUGAUUGAGCAGCAUUGCGUCGUACUAAGCUUCACUGAUCAGAACAUGCUUAUCAAAGAUGUGUCCCUGAACUUUAUGUAUUAUAUCAGCGAAAAUUAGGUUUCAAUUCAAUAGUAUUUGCGAAAGGUAAUUAUAGGUUU